GCGACGAAUACAAUAGUUCAACUCGGCUCAGUGCGCGACUAAGCGUGAUACGGAAUGAUCGUGUGGUGCGUCUUGCGCGGACGUUAACUCUGCGAUACAUAUUUUUAUUUUGCGAUUUAUACGACCAGAAUUUUCAAACGGUUUGGAGUAUACAGUCGAGUAAAAGUAUUUACUAUUCUAACGUUUAUGCGGCUCGCGCAAAAUUUUGACCAAAAUUGUGAAUUUCCGUAUAGACGCGAAAACCAAAAGUGAAGAACAUUUCGAAAACAAAGGACUGUUUUGUACAUUUUCGCAACAAUUGCGAAAUUGUGUUCAAAAAAAUACUAAUCGGGCAACGUCGUGUAUCUAUUCGUCCUCGGCCAACUAGUUUGGACCGAAUCAAGAAACGAAAAACAAAAAAGCAUCGAUUUUACCAAAAUUGUUAUCAUAAACGUUUUCAAAUUCUCGUAAAAUCAUCUUGGACCUUUAACAAAACCAAAAUUAUAGUGAGUUCGUCGUCCCUUUCACAUUCGUGCUUCAGUGGAUCAUUUUGCUGAAUAUAAAAUAGAAGAACAAACAUCAAACACCCUGGAUUAAGUGUCGAAUUGUUUUACAUAAUGUCUACUGCCAUAAUGCAUCAGUCUGCGCUGUACGGCUUCGAUGAUCUGUUUCUGAAGAUGACACCAGAAUACGAUGGUGGAAUAUCGGCCUCCAACCAAAAUCGACAAGUGCAGACUAUGAACGGCACCAUGGCCCCCGUGAACGGCGGUACAGUGACAGGCGGAGUGAACUGGGAGCAGCAUCCAGCGCUGGCGCGUGCGGCGUCCGUACCGGCGCACCGAGCGCUGGCCGGGCUGCUGGACCGGCUGGUGCACCGCCGCCUCGAGCGCACAACCAGCGAGCCUGCGCCGCCCCCGCCCGCCACCAGCCGCUACAAGACAGAGCUCUGUCGACCUUUCGAGGAGGCCGGAGUUUGCAAAUACGGCGACAAGUGCCAAUUCGCACACGGCAUCCGCGAGUUGCGGAAUCUCCAACGUCAUCCCAAGUACAAGACUGAGCUGUGCCGCACCUUCCAUUCUGUUGGCUUUUGUCCAUACGGACCUCGUUGCCAUUUUGUGCACAACGCGGAAGAGGCACGGCGUCGGGAGCCUCCUUCUCCAGGCGGAUCCCUGGCGUCGCUGUCGUCGGGCGGGUCGCUCGCGUCCUACAUGAGCGACGGGUCCCGCUCGCCGCGCUCGCCACACUCUCCUCACUCGCCGCAGUCUCCCAUCACGCCGCAGUCACCGCUGACACCGCACUCCCCGCCUGCAAUGUCUCCUCCUGCGCAGCACGGCACUGCAUUCGCGUUCCGCCGCACGCAAUCUCCAGAUCCAGAAGAAGAGCGACUGCCAGUUUUCAAUCGCCUGUCGUCGGCGUUCGGUGAUCUCGUGAUCGCCUAGGGCCCUUUGGUUAUCCUAGUCCUAAGUUAACUUAUACCGUUGUUAGCGUAAGGUUCGUCCGUCACCAUAGUGCCUACUCGACGUCUUCCAAUCGUGCCCGAGCGCGUCCCGCUCGUCGCGCAUCCGCACACCCGCUCAACGUAUGAUCUCCAGUUUGUCGAUGCACCUUAAUUACUUCGCCCUGUAAUUUAUAAAGUUAAAGAAGAAGUAUUUACUGGCGUCUCGAAAGUUUGCGGUGUGAAUGUAUGUAUGAUUACGUACAUGUAUGAUUAGUUAUUGGCACGCACUUGUAAAUGGCACCUUAUAUUAUUAGAUAUUUAUUGCGUAGCUCGCGGAAGUCUUCCCGAUGCGAUCCUCCGCCGAGCGGUGGUCUCUGUAAAGUUAGCUUAUAGAACAUUAUUUAUUUCGUACUGCCUAUCCGCGCUCGGUACCGUACCGCGAGAAGGCGCUCGUGAUCUAUUAUUAAGGGUUUAAGAUAAUAAUUUAUUAUUUAUUUUGAGUCUCUUUAACUAUAGUAAUUAUUUUGUAGCUAGCAGCUGCGAUGCCGCACCGCAUACGGACGGGGCCCGCGUCGACGGGACGUGGCUUGUUUUGACAACAUUGAUCGGCUGAUUCUGCUCCUGAUUCAAUGAAAUACUUAUUUUUCUAGCUUGUAUUAUUUAACGGAUCGAAUCAGCCGAUACAACUUCGGGAGCUCAGCUGCCAUUAAUAAAUACCACAUAAAAAAAUUAAAAUCUAGUUGCGCGUUCGUUUUCCGUAGCACCUCGCGACCGAUAGUUUCUCAUAUUGUGUUGCCACAAGCACAACAGCGGUAGAAGGCUCACCAGCACUAGCGAUCUCAAUCGUCUGUGGCCCAUUUGGGAAGCUUCGGAGCGAUCCCGACGACCGCCUCCAGCGGCUCGUCUGCGAACGUUUUUUUUUUCCAUUUUGCGUCGUGCGAGGAGGGCUGACUACGAAGCUGAAACCUGUUUGGGUUUUGGUGAUUGUUUUUUUUCGUCCUUGUACCGCGCUCGAGUCCCUCUCGUUUCGACGUUCCAUAAACGGCGGCCGCGCGCAAAAAAUGACAGAAACUUGAGAAAAUGCAUGCCGAACUCCCGAAGUCUCAGCACAGAUAAACCUGUAUAAAUAUUUUAUAAGUUCAAUAUAAUAUUAAAAAACAUGUUUAUUAUGUACAACUGCCUUGUGCAGCGGUGGAGUGCGCGGGCGCGGCCCCCCCUCUCGCGCUUCCACGCCGCGCCCCUCUGCGCCCCACCAGCAGUGCCUUACUUGUAACAAAAUACAUAAAUCGGUUAUAUUUAAUUUUAGUUGAUCGAAAUAGAUUGUUUAUUUAUUGUCUUCUUUUGAAUACUAUAUUCAAAUUGGCACGGUUAUUACUUUUGUACUUUUUGACAGAGUUAAGUGUUUAGUUUCGACGUAGCAUAGUUUUUUGAAUUUAAAGUGUGAUAUUUUAUACCUAUUUAUGUAACAAAGUUUAAAGUUUUAAUUAAGGGACCAAUAUGUAGGAGAAAUUCUGAUACAAUAAGAUACAGAUACGCUUUUCAUUCUUACCAAGAGACUGUACCCUCAAGUGGUGUUGUAUUGUAUUGUUAUACUACAAACUACGAUUUUGUACUUGGCAAUAAACACCAUUCGACCAUUU